GUGUGGCAGAAGUGAAACACACAUGCAGUGAGGGAGCAACAGCAGAGGAGUAAUUUAAUUCAACAAAAACUAUUUCUUUUCCUUUGGUAUAAAAACCCCCUGAAUUUCAAUGUGUGAUCUUUAAAACAUUUUUCUACUGGAAUGGAACUUCUCUCUGUAAAAGUGAAAAAAGGAAGGUUGGAUAAAACAACUGACACAUCCAAAACCUAUGUUGUGUUAAAAGUCCAAAAUUUAAAAAGCACUACAAUAGAUAGAAGAGGAAGUGAACCUUGCUGGGAACAAGACUUCAUGUUUGAAAUCUGUGCUGACGGAAAGGGCUUCAUUAUAGAGCUGUGGAAGAAAGGCUUGCUCUGGGAUAGCAUUUUAGGAGUUUUAUGGAUUCCCCUUGCCACUGUGGAAUAUGCAACAGAUGAAGGCCCAGGUUCCUGGUGGAGAUUGCAUUCUGAAGUAAUAAAAAAUGGAAGUGAGAUUCAAGGCACAAAAACACCAACUUCUCAUGAAAUCUUACUAGAUAUCUACUUUGCAUUACCAUUUGAAAUAAAAUGGACUGAAAGAUUUCUAGCAGCUUUUUUCUUCUCUACAGAUACCCACACAGAUUUAGAUUGCAGAGGUUGGCACAGAGGGACACCCCUCCAACGUACAAGACAUUUACAUCAAGAUACAAAUGAUAGUCAGUCAUCCAUGGAAAGUGGGCUCAGCACACAAGAAAGCAAACUAAGGAGAAAUACAAACGAAGGUAAUGGAGGUAAUUUUGCAAAAGCAAGAUGGGCCAGGGCUAUUCAGAAGACACUUCAAGAAGCCAUGUGCAACAGAAUGACAUUUUGCAAGACGUACAAAACCUCUUCAGGAUUUUGUUUUGAAUAAGCAGAUGU